CACAAACCGGAGCAACCAGCGAGCCACGGGGCGGGCCCGGGCCUGUGGCCUGGUUUGGUUCGCGGAGUCCGAGCGGCAGAUUCGCUCGGCACUGGAGAAGGAGCUAAGUCUGUGGAGUCGGGAAUCGUGGGUGAAGUUUGCCACUGGUGGCGAGAGGGCGCUGAGAGAGAUUGCGCUGGGCUCCCGCAGGGGCUCGGGCGCGCUCCCCGUUUCGGCCUUUUCAUGCAGGAAAUGAAUCUGCUGCCGACGCCCGAGAGUCCGGUGACUCGGCAGGAGAAGAUGGCGACCGUGUGGGAUGAAGCUGAGCAAGAUGGCAUCGGGGAGGAGGUGCUCAAGAUGUCCACGGAAGAGAUCAUCCAGCGCACUCGUCUGCUGGACAGUGAGAUCAAGAUCAUGAAGAGUGAAGUGCUGCGUGUCACCCACGAACUCCAAGCCAUGAAAGACAAAAUCAAGGAGAACAGUGAGAAAAUCAAAGUCAACAAAACCCUGCCAUACCUUGUCUCCAACGUCAUUGAGUUGCUGGACGUUGAUCCCAAUGACCAGGAGGAGGAUGGUGCCAAUAUCGACCUGGACUCACAGAGGAAGGGCAAGUGUGCCGUGAUCAAAACUUCCACACGACAAACGUACUUCCUGCCAGUGAUUGGGUUGGUGGAUGCAGAAAAGCUGAAGCCAGGAGACCUGGUGGGUGUGAACAAAGACUCCUAUCUGAUCCUGGAGACCCUGCCCACAGAAUAUGACUCUCGGGUGAAGGCCAUGGAGGUGGACGAGAGGCCCACAGAGCAAUACAGUGACAUCGGGGGCCUGGACAAGCAGAUCCAGGAGCUGGUAGAGGCCAUUGUCCUGCCUAUGAACCACAAAGAGAAGUUUGAGAACUUGGGUAUCCAGCCCCCCAAAGGAGUGCUGAUGUACGGACCGCCUGGUACAGGGAAGACUCUGCUUGCCCGAGCAUGUGCUGCUCAGACCAAGGCUACCUUCCUGAAGUUGGCAGGCCCUCAGCUGGUGCAGAUGUUCAUUGGAGACGGUGCCAAGCUGGUCCGUGAUGCUUUUGCCUUGGCCAAGGAAAAGGCACCAUCUAUCAUCUUCAUCGAUGAAUUGGAUGCCAUUGGUACCAAGCGCUUCGACAGCGAGAAGGCAGGGGACCGGGAGGUGCAGAGGACCAUGCUGGAGCUUCUGAACCAGCUGGACGGCUUCCAGCCCAACACCCAAGUCAAGGUGAGUGAGGGAGACAGUGCAGCUGCUCAGCGGUGGCCUGAGCUGGGCUCCGGUAUGAUCGCACUGCGCAGGGGUGCCACGGAGCUUACGCACGAGGACUACAUGGAGGGCAUCUUAGAGGUGCAGGCCAAGAAGAAAGCCAACCUGCAGUACUAUGCCUAGGAGUACCUAGGCCGCCCGCUGGUCUGUGGGCUGAGUGGGUAAUAAAGAAAGGUGUUUUCUGUUCUUUGCCA